AUCUGUCAUUGUCCCUCCUACUCCCUCGAUAACCUCCCUAGUCGCUUUUGCGCACCGCCAAAAUGUUCCGCACCGCUCCUCGUAUGGCUGGGUUCGUGUUCCGUGAGAACCGUGUCCCCUACUACCAGCGUCUUUUCCAGCAGCACGACGGCAAGCGCCAGUGGUGGAAGACUGAGCGCAGUGGCUACGUCAUGUGGCCCUACCUGAUCUCCGUUUACGGCAUGGGCAUCGCUACCACCUACGCCAUGGGCCGUAUGGUCUUCGGCCACAAGACCUGGUUCGGCAAGGAGUAAACUCUUCGCCAAUUAGACACCUUCUCGUCGCAGCUUGUUGGCUUCAAUUGGCGGUGUAUCUCUAUUUCCAUGAUGGGCGGCUAGAGAGGAAGAUUACCGACGUUGUAUAUAACAUAACCUAAGGCGUCAAAGCGUUAUCUCUUUCCUCUAUAUGAUCGGCCGUAUAUGGAACCUCGUUUCAGCACUCUUCGUUCCAGGAUACCAAUCGCGAUAUGGUAUGAUGGCCUGGAUGAUACCCAAAGGAGUAGGCAUAAGUCCGGAUAAGGAGGUCACAACCUUACAAUGUUGAAUGUACCUCAUGGCCCAAUCUAGGAGAUGUUUAUGUCAUGAGUAACAAUAUGCAUGUCAGACUCAAGGAACGCCCAUGGCAUCUUGAUGAUGGCAUGAUCAAGACGCCGGCUGAACCCGGUUAAGCCGGGGAAUACUUGCUCCGGAAAAAAUCGAAAUGGUAACUCACUGGAUGCAUGUACCGACU